GAAUGAUCAAAAACAUACUUCAGCCAAGCUCUGUGGAUCCCCAGACUGAAAUGGUCCUUGUUAAUGCCAUUUACUUCAAAGGAAUGUGGGAGAAAGCAUUUAAGGAUGAAGACACCCAGACAGUGCCUUUCAAAAUGACUGAGCAAGAAAGCAAACCUGUGCAGAUGAUGUAUCAGAUUGGUUCAUUUAAAGUGGCAGUGAUGGCUUCUGAGAACAUGAAGAUCCUGGAGCUUCCAUAUGCCAGCGGGCAGCUGAGCAUGUUGGUCAUAUUGCCUGAUGAUGUCUCUGGCCUGGAGCAGCUUGAGACUGCCAUCACCUUUGAAAAACUCAUGGAUUGGACCAGUUCUAACAUGAUGGAAGAGAAGAAAAUGAAAGUAUAUCUCCCCCGCAUGAAGAUGGAGGAAAAAUACAACCUCACAUCUGUCUUAAUGGCCUUGGGUGUGACCGACCUGUUCAGCUCAUCAGCCAAUCUCUCUGGCAUCUCUUCAGCAGAGAGCCUG